AUGACGUCCGUCGCGGCGGCGACCGCCGCCAAGAAGUACAAAGUGGUGCUGCUCGGCGACAGCGGGGUGGGGAAGUCGUCGCUGGUGCAGCGCCUCGCGAAGGACGAGUGGAACGAGAACCAAAACUCAACCGUCGGCGCCUCCUUCUUCCGCUACUCGUGCCCCGUGGACGACGCCACCGUCAACUUCGACAUCUGGGACACCGCGGGGCAGGAGCGCUACAAGAGCCUCGCCUCCAUGUACUACCGCGGCGCCGCGGCCGCCCUCGUCGUCUACGAGCUGCCGCUCUACGAGACCUUCGAGCGGGCGAAGUACUGGGUGCGGGAGCUCGCUGCCAACUCGCCCGAGACGUUCAUCACCCUCGUGGGCAACAAGAGCGACCUGGCGGACAGGCGCAGCGUGAGCGCGGAGGAGGCCGCGGCGUACGCGCGGGAGAUGGGCCUCAUGUUCGGCGAGGCGAGCGCCAAGGACGGCGCGGGGGUGCGGGAGGUGUUCGAGCGGGUGGCCCGUCAGCUGGUGGCCGCGAACAGCGAGAAUAUCGUGCGCGACGGCGGCGUGGUCGGGGGCCGCCAGCCAAGCGCAAAGUCGGGGCGAACGGGCUGCUGCAGCUAA